GGCUAGCCUGUCUGAACGCAAACCAGAUCCGAUGAGCAACAAGAACGACGACAGCUGAACUCAACAGAGUAGAAAGACAGCGGUCCCACACAGACUUGCACAGUUCAGUCAUUCAUUUGAAGGGUGCCUUCGGACAAAACCGUUUGCUGUUCACGCUCAGCGUCGAAAAACUUAGAGAACUCGGUGGUCCAAUCCACUCUCUCAUACUGUCUCAGUGGCUGCUUGAUAGGGAGGGUGUGAUGAGGACUGGCUGGCCCCUCCUUGCUGCAGGGCUGUACUCAGUGCUGUCCCAGGUAGUUCUGGUCCGAGGCUGUAUGGACUCCUGUAAGGAAUGCUCAGGGCCUCAGAAUGACCUGUGUCUGGAGUGCAGAACAGGCUGGACCCUCCAUGACAACACGUGUGUAGACAUAGAUGAGUGUGGCACAGAGCUGGGCCAGUGUCCCCCCAACACCUACUGCUUCAACACAGAGGGCAACUAUCAGUGCAAAGGCUGUGACCAGGCCUGUGUAGGCUGUAUGGGUGCUGGGCCAGCUCGCUGCAGGAAGUGUGCUGCUGGCUACAGACUAACCGGAGCAAAGUGUUUAGAUAUAGAUGAAUGCAGUGAGCGGGUUCUGGCGUGUUCAGGGCUGGAUGAGAUCUGUACCAAUUUGGAUGGUUCUUUCCACUGUGACUGUGCUGAAGGCUUCACACGCAAAAACAAUGUCUGUGUGCAGAAAAAGCUACCCAGUGGUGUGGGUGAGAAGGGUCUGUUUGAGGACGUCCAGGAUGAAGAGGUUGAGGUUCUACAGCAGAUGUUCUUUGGGGUGCUGCUCUGUGCUCUGGCCACCCUGGCUGCUAAAGGAGACAUGGUCUUCACCUCCAUCUUCAUGGGUGGAGUGGCAGCCAUGGCUGGAUACUGGCUCAUAGACAGGGGAGACCGCGUACUGGACAGCUUUCUGAAGGGACGCUAGAACUACACUGCUAUCAAGGACUUAUUACUAUAACCUGUUGGUGGGUAUAUGUAUAUAGGACAUUUAUAAUUGACAUUAACACCAAGCAGACACUGGCCUGGGUGCCAGUCUGUUAAUGCUCUCUUGCCAACUCCUUAUGAAAUUUUGUCAACAUGGCAAUUACAUAAGGAGUUGUCAAGAGAGUAGAAACAGACUGGCACCCAGGCUAAACAGACUAUUACAUGUUAUUUGUAAAGAAAUAAUGAUCCCUGAGACAAAGUGUUAUUUGAAAAGAUUUAAUAAUUAACAUUGCUGUGUGCAACUUGCCUUCAAGACUAUCAUGCAGUCAAUUUCAACAAAGAUAAUAGAAAGGAAAUCUGAUCACAUAAAACAGUGUUAAAUAAAACAUUUAAAAUAAAA